AUCCCCACGCUUUUUGAAAAAAAGGUGGGGAUAUUGUGGUUAUCUCCGCCGUCCGUCCGUCCGUCUGUCUGUCCGUCCGUCCUGGCCACUAUCUCCUCCUACACUAAAAGCACUAGAACCUUGAAACUUACACACAUGGUAGCUAUGAGCAUAUGUGCGACCCUGCACUAUUUGGAAUUUUGAUCUGACCCCUGGGUCAAAAGUUAUAGCGGUUGGGGUGGGGCCGCGUCAGAAAUUAUCACUCAUUUUUUUAGGUUAUUUUACAUUUACUUCUUUAUUUCUACACCGAUUUACUUCAAAUUGAUACUGGACCUCUCUUAUGACAAUACGGUCAAUCUCAACCAUGCAUGGCCCCAUUCCCAACCCUGGGGCGCCCCGCCCACAUAGGCCACACCCACCAAAAAUUUCCAUUUACUAUAAUUUUUUCAUUUCUACACGGAUUCACUUCAAAUUGAUACUGAACUUUUGUUAUGACAUUAGGGUCAAUCUCAACUAUGCAUGGCCCCAAUCCCAACCCUGGGGCGCCCGCCCACAUAGGCCACACCCACCAAAAAAUUCCAUUUACUAUAAAAAAAUUUUAGGUUAUUUUACAUUAACUUCUUCAUUUCUACACUGAUUCACUUCAAAUUGAUACUGAACCUCUCUUAUGACAAAACGGUCAAACUCAACUAUGCAUGGCCCCGUUGCCAACCCUGGGGCGCCACGCCCACAUAGACCACACCCGCCCAAAAUUGCCUUUUACUAUAAUUUCUUCAUUAAUACACUGAUUCACUUCAAAUUGAUACUGAACCUCUCUUAUGACAAUACGGUCAAUCUCAACUAUGCAUGGCCCCAUUACCAACCCUGGGGCACCCCGCCCACAUAGGCCACACCCUCCCAAAAUUGCCUUUUACUAUAACUUCUUUAUUUUUACACCCAUUCACUUCUAAUUGAUACUGAACUUCUCUUAUGACAAUACAGUCAAUCUCAACUAUGCAUGGCCCCAUGAUCAACCCUGGGGCGCCCUUGGGUCAAACAUGCGGCGUGGGGAUACGCGUCGGCCUCUGCCGCGCCAUUUCUAGUAAUAUUAAUGUUUCACAAUUAAUAACCAUACAUAUAUCUGAAACAUUAACUAAAACUAAACAUUUUAUUUUAAACUGCCAUGAUGUUAAAGAGAUAUUGCUCUCUUAAAAUCUGUAAAACGUCUGUUUAAUUUGGCCAAAAUACACAUUUCAUUCAUAUGUAAUUACUACUUAAGCCAAGAGCCUGAGGAUGUAGGAUAAAGGGAAUAUAGGGCAGAGCCCUUGCAUAUUGUUCUUUUUUUAGUCUUUCUAGGUGCAAUUUCUGGUUAGUACAUUGCGAAAUAUUGUCAGCCAGACCAUCCGUAACAUUGCAUGUUUAUUCGUCAUUCUAUAAAAAUGUUAUAAAUGACGUAAAAAAAUAAUUAAAAUCGGCGAACCAUUCGUAUCCGAAAACGACUGUCCAUAACAUGUCGAUAUACGUCUUCUGCACAUGCAUAUCGUUUGACGGCAGAAAAUUAAAACCAGUAACCUGUAACCUAGCAAAUACGCAAUCAAUAUAUUAUUUGGUUGACAUAUUGCUUUAAAAUACAAUACUGCAGUGCUUUACUUUGCUAAUAGAUAGUUUAAAGUAGCAAGAUUACGGACAUUAGCAACAUCCAUAGAUUGUACGGAUUUCGGACAGUACCUAAGAGGUUUUAUCAGUUACUGCUCAUGUCAGUACCAAUCAGAAAUCAAUAAUUAAAAGACCGGACAAUGUCUCAUGGCGAUAUAGUAAACGCAUAACAAUAACAAUACAAAUAGUAUAUAUUCGUAAUGCUAUAUUUUAUCCCCUUUGCGCACAAUAAGUCACUGUUUAGCAUUUGGUUAUUUCUAUUCGAUUUUUAUCGCAUAUGCACAUUUUUAACUGAAUUUAAAUUGUCAAUUUAUCCCAAUUACUUCCGCAUUAUGCAGCAGUCUCAAUUUGCAAUUUGACUAACGACAGAGAGUAACUUGUACUCUUAAAAACCUCCCAAACAUUUUGUGGGAGAUUCUUCAACAAUACAUGUAUUUGUUCUAUGCUGGCCAUAGCUUAAUUAUUUCAAGAUUUGUUGUGUUUUAUUCAAUUAUAAAUACAUAAAUUGAUGUAACACACCCGUACAUUGUGAAAUACCCCAAAUUGUAAUUCUCCCAACUGAGUGUCGCGUGCCGGUAAUUCUUAUGUUUAAAUGGCGUCAUUGACUUUUAAUGGAAUGUUCCCAAGUGCUUGACUGCGUUUUUUGAUUAAACUUUUAAUGUGUAAGUCUGUUUCUCUGUUUGUGAUAUUUGUUAAGCUCAGUACUCAAAUAUAUUAUGACUGAAAUUUAGCAGUGAGAUUCGGACUGUUUUAAGUUGUACAAAUCAUCAAGCAUAACAAUAAAUGACCAUCAUGUGAACAAUGGCUGUAUUGGUUCCCGGCAGCCUUGACAAAUAACAAUAGCCCAUUGAAAACUGUAAACGAGGUCCGGAGCCUGGCAUUCUAUACAUAGAUGGUUACUUCAAUUACACUAUUGUCGGUAAGACCGGCGUGUACACAAUGCCUCAACUGGAAUAAACCAAAGCGACUUGCAUCAGCAGUCAGUGAUGCGUAGCAAAUCCUCUCGCUAUCAGUAGAUCAGAUAACCGAUAAUUGCACACAGCAAACAAUGGCAGUAUUAGUGACGGCAUUGCGCACACAUGCGGCAGAUUAUCAAAGGACAAAAUAUAAGAAAAUGUCGGCGAUUUUGUUUUCGCUUUGAUGUAAUCAGAAAGCGAUAUCAAGCAUCGUAAGGCGACAAAGUCGCCUACGUCGCCCUCUAGGAUGAUCCCUGCUUUCUAAGCUUAUCACUCAUUAUUUUGAAGUAAAAGUGAAAGUAAUUGUAUUUUCAGUUAUUCAUAAAACCAUAUCAGUCAGUUUAUCCGUUGCAUUAGUAUUCUUUUGAUACUUGUUUCUGUUGCUAGCAGUGAUAAUAUAUCACUGGAAAUUUUCAAAACUUCUGGAUUGAACAGCCAUCUAUUAAUAGCUUGGGAUUCCCCGUGUUUCAUUGGUUGUUGCCAGGAGCUAACUGGAAAUGUUGUGCUCUAGCCUAGCCAGCUUCCAACCCGGUAUUUCUGGGAUAUGAGGGGAUAGAGGAUCUGCAGUGCGGUUGGAGCUACGACAGUUGCGAUGAAACGUGGACGCGGUUCUCUGGCAUUGCUGGGGAUCUGAUCUGACAUUCACAAAUCAAUUUUACCGGCUGUGGCAGGUUUAGUGGAGGUUAAAGGGCAGGUGUUGCGGACGUUUCUGAGCUAUGUGGCAAUAGAGGCACAAAGGCUGCCGUCCUCUUAUUGUUAUCAGGGACCUUGUGUCGCAUUCAAAUGAAAUAAUAUGAGGAAUGGACUCCUUCUGAACCGGACUACACUCCACCACGACAACACGUACUCCUGAAUGGGUACUAAAAUCGUCGGUUUCGCACCAAGGAGUUCAAUAGAGAUUUAUUAAGUGUGGAAAACAAAUUAUUACAUGUAGAGUUCAUUGGCUAACAGCAUUCAUAAGUGACAGAGUCAUUGCAGACAUUUUUAAACAAUUCGGAACAGUUGCAUAGUUACUUUGUUUACUUUUUUUAACAUUCCAGCAAACUUAAGUUUUAUUUUUUGUAGUGUUAGGUGUUACUUGUUAAAUGGACUAAAACUAGAUGGACUUGAGUUUUUUGGCUGUUUAAUUUUUAAGACCAGCAUUACGAGAUACCAACAUUGUUAAAGUUAAAGAUUCAGAGAUCUAAAGCUGCUGUGUUUGUAAAUAUCAUUCAAUAAAAUGGCAACCUUUUCACAAUCCACCAUUGACAAGGGAUCUGACAUGGUCCAUGACUUCUUGUGCUCGACUUGUGAAGACAAGAAACUGGAUAAUACAGCUGAUUUCUACUGCGAAUCGUGCGUUUUACUGUGGAAAAUGUAUUGGCCUGCACAGCCAGUUGUUUACAAAACAUGCCUCUUUUGGAAGGGGAGAUAUGAAGAAAUGGCCAGUGGCCAAGAAGGUGGAAGAUUUUCUUCUCAAAUGUGAUGUCCAUAAAGAAGAAAAUCUUAAAAUGUUUUGUGAUGAACACAGUGAGCUUUGCUGCACAAAUUGUGCAUUCCUGAAUCACAGACACUGCCAAAAGGUAACUCUUCUAUCAGACAAAGUAAAAGGUCAGUCCACAGACCUUCAAAAACUGUCAGUUUCUAUCCAAACUAUAUUGAAAGAAAUGAAGAAACUUCAAGAAAACCAAGAGGCGAGCAUUCAGCAGGUACAAAUUUCAUAUGAUGAGCAGUUACACACAAUACUGGAAACUCGGCAAAAAAUAAAUGCUGCCUUUGACACGCUUGAACAGAAGACACGGAAGGAAAUGAAAGAUACUCUGGUGAAACUGCAAUCCUCUUUCAAAAGUGAUGUUGACAAAUGCAUCGGGCUUCAGAAUGAAUUGAAACAACUUCGAGACGCCAUUCAGGACAUAUGUGAUAAAAGCAAGCUCGAACUAUCCUUUAUAGCCACCAGGAAAUGUGAGGAGAAAAAACAAGAGUUUGAAACCUUUCUAAAGAAGAAAUCUCUUCAGGCUAAAGUUUCAAUAACAUUCCAGCCUAACAAUGAAAUUAUACAGUACUUGUCAACACUGUCAGAUCUUGGAAAGAUUGAACACAGUACCCAGACAUUGAUGAUACAAGAGGAUCCAAACAAGGUAAUCACUGUGCAGGGGAAGUCUGAACAAAAUGUGAGAAUAUCAAGUGAUUCAGAGGUAUGCCGUGUCCGUGCCAUCUGUGUCCUCCCAGAAGGACAGGUCCUGAUAGCAGACAAUGGUAAUAAAACAAUCAAGCUUCUUGACCAGCAGUACCAGGUGGUGAGUCACUGUAGUGUACCUGUGUAAUAUCACACCCAGUGAGGUGGCUGUGGCUGUCAAUCACAAUGAUAGUAACAUAAAUGAGGUUCAGUUUAUCACAGUCAACAACAUGAAGAUGGUGACAGGAAGGAAGCUUCAGUUACAACAUGCAUGUAUUGGUAUUGCCUUCCACCAGGGAGACCUGUAUAUUACUGCUAAUAGUGCACUCUACAAGUAUACACUAAAUGGGAAACUUGUAAGCAAGAUGUAUGAGGAUACAUCAGACGAAUAUACAGUAGACAGGUGUGCUGUGAGUCACACAGGGGACAAGCUGUACAUCACUAACAACUCCAAGCACAAGCUCCUUAUCCUGGCCAGGGAUGGCUCAGUCCUGGCCAACUUCACUGACCCUGCACUACAAUACCCACGUGAUGUACACGUUACACAUGCAGGCCAGGUGCUGGUCCUUGGAGGCCUAUAUGGCAACCGUUCCAUCCUGCAGGUGGAUAGUGAGGGUGGAAGGAAGCUGGCUACUCUUGCUACAGUGAAGAAUGAUGUACGGUCAGUCUGCUACAACAGACACACUGCCUCCAUUCUUGUGGGAUUUUUUUAAAACAACAGUAUCCUAGUGUUCAAAGUGAAAUAGUGUACUUUUUAUUUUACAUCUGAUUUUUGCUUCAGAUGAUUUAAAUUGCCAUUGGAUUAUGUUGUAGUUUAGCAAUAGCAUUUUGUUUCAUGAUAUAACAGUGAUUGUUAUUGCAGAUGAAUUAUUUUGUAAAAAAAAUAAUCAUGAGUUCAAAGGAUAUGAAGCAUUUAUGUGAUCAUAAGAACUGCUAUAUUAUACUGUUUCUUGCAUCAAAGUUUUGUUUUUAACAUAACCAAAAACAUCAAAUUAAUAAAGGUUAUCAUUUUUUUAACAUACAUAAGAAAUCUAUUAGAUUACUUAAAAUUUAUCCUGUUGUGUUUUGUUUUCUGAAAACACAUUUCUUGUUUAAAUGUUUAAGACAUUUUUUCAGUGUAGCUGUCUAGUCAAGAUUUCUGUUUGAAUUUAUAACUUAUAGAACGUUGAGCUAUUGAUAAAAUUUUCUGCCAGUAGACCUGAAUAAAUAAAUGUCAAUUCGGCAUCGCCUAAUAUGAAAAUUAUAGUGAUGCAGCACGGCUUUUUGCAAAGAUGUAAACAGGAGUGUACAGGGUGAAGCUAUUUGAUCAAGUGUAAUGUUAAGCAGCUACAACAGUUUGAUUAUUUACUUUCAAAUUCUGAAAUCGCUACAUUUUUCGUGUGGUCCUUUAUAUUUGUCAGUGUUUUAAUACUUGAAUUCUGUGUGCUCAUAUAUAUAUAACAAUUAGUAUUAAAUUGAAUUCUAUGCAUUUGUAUAUAUAAACCCUUUCCCACUCCCACCCAGCAAAGUGAAAAUGGAUAGGUGCAAACAGCAUAAAACCAGAGUAACGAGUAAUGGCGUGCGAGUAACUCACAGUCUGGUCAGGAUUAAUUUGUUUGCUGCUCAUCAGUAUAUAAGGGUUGGAAAUGAAGCCUUAUAAACUUGAAUUCAGUAAGAAAGGUCUUAAAUUGAAUUUAACUUUCUAUUGGACUACAAAUGCGUCAAAAUACGUAACUAAGUGGUAAAUGGUUAAAGCAUGUUGUUGUUCCUCACUGUUCUCUACCCUAAUAUACCGAUGAAAAUGCAUUCCAAUUGUACUUAAUAAUUGACAUUAAAACAUUUAAAAGUAAUGAGUUUUACACAAGCCAGUCUUCCAACUGUACAAUAGUGACAUCUCUGUAAAUUCAAUACAUUCGAUCUCCUUUAAUUCGAGACACGCUUUAUUGUUACAAUCACACGAUAAAAAAGUUUAUGUGAUCUUAGGGAUGAUGUUUGAUUUUUGUUGUGCAAGUUUGAGCACACAAAUUGUUAAAAAAAUGUGUUUGGCCUUAUAAUAAUUUAUUUCUUGUUAUUAUUCCUUAAUAAGAUAUCCACCCCAUUAUUUAUUUUAUUAUCCAAAAAACAAACACAUUGUGAAACGGGUGCAACUGUUAAAACAGUUAAAUUGCAGCAUACAUAAUUAAAGACAAACUAUGCACGAUGACCUGCAUUGUUACCUUGCAAUAUGUAGGUGUUUUAAUGUGUCCUUAUUCUUAUUGAUAUAUAUGACUUCACAAUUUUUCAUUCUUCUUUAACUAAGUACAUGCAAGACAUUUUAGAUUUACAAAUAAUAUCAAUCAGUUCAAAUGAUUUUAUUAAAAUGUAAUGUGCAGUAAACCUUAAUUGAUUUUCUGUUCGUGAUUUUUGUAUGAAUUCUCGGGUUUUAAAUAUUGAAGAAAUGUAUUGUAAUCAAAUUCAAUGGAGUUGGUUAUGUUUCAAGAUAACAAUUACCUGCAUAAAUGGCAAGAAGUGGCUUCUUUACAAGUCACAAACAAUGGGUUGUAUCUGAUAUGCGACAUUUUUUAAUCACUUAAAGUGUCUACCGAUUCGUUUCAAAAUUUGCAAAUGUUCGUUGUAUUUUAGAACAUUUUUAAAGGCAUAUUUGUUACUUAAUUCUUACAUUGUUUAUAACAGUAAAAAUCAAAUGUAAGUGUGCCAAAGAUAUUGAAAUACCAGUGUUGUAGUGUUUUUGUUAUUAUAUGAUUGCUUUUAUAUUUAGUCAGUUGAAAGAGAUAUGGUCCAAUGUUUAAUAUGCUUUGUAAUUGAAUAAUCACAGAACCAUAAUUAGAACAAUAUUGGAAAGGCCCCACUUGUUAAAUUCUAGGCUCUAGCCUAUGUGGCUUAAGAAAUGUGGAAUUUGAAUAUUUAACUUUAGAUGAGUUUUUGAUGCAUACUUAUUUUCAGAGUUUUUUUUAACUUACCUGAGCACAAAGUGCUCAAUACCACAUAUUGUGAUCAUCUAUACAAUAUCUAGGUCAAGUUUUGAAUCUGGUUCACAUGUGUCCAUUAGCAAGGUCACAUCUAGUACUCAAUCUUGAUAAAACUUCAAUUCGGUUAAUCACUGUAAAUUACAUCUCACAGGUUAUAAAAGACAAUUUGCGGUCAGCGUUUCUGAAAAUUAAUAAACGGUAAAUAAGAGUUUUAAUACUUAUGUACAAUAACAUUCAUAUUGACGAUUCAAACGCUGUGUCUAGCAAACCAGAAAAACAUGUCUGUUCUUAGAAAGCUCGCUUAUUCAUAUUUUAAAUGCUAUGAAUGCUUUGAGUCAUUCCGGUUUUAUAUACAAUUGUACCUUAUUGUUUAUUUGUUAUUGUUUUAUUUAUAUGUUGACAAUUAUUAAAAGUAUAUAUUAUAGAGAAAUAAAUCACCUAAACUGGUGUGGCUCCCCGAUAUUAAUGUUGGUGUGAUGCAGCUAAGAACUGGACUGAAAAAACAAAUUUAACAUUAGUUAUCUGAAUUCUUUUUGAAUUUAUUGAUUUGACUGAUGAUUUUUUUCAAUAACAAAAAACAACAUAGAUGCUGUAAAUAUUUUUUUAAAGUUAUUUCUUGUUUGUAUUAUUGUUUACAGUAUUGUUUGUACAUAAUAUGUUAUUUGAUGAGUGCUGAUGAUUUAAAAUUGAUUUUUAUAUUAUUUGUACGUGUGCUUAAAGUGUGUAAAUACAAAUACAGUACACAA